GUAAAAACCAGAGCUUAUCCAUUACCUGCCUUUUCCAGACGAACAAGAGAGAGAGAGCGAGAGAGAGAGAGAGAAAUCGCCUUGAAAUGAACACUGCUGAUACGUACGCUGCAAUGGAGUCUCAGUACAUACGGAGCCACCACAGUCACCAGCUCAGAGACAACAAUCAGUGCACUUCGGUUCUGGUCAAGCAUGUUAAGGCUCCUGUUCAUCUGGUUUGGUCAUUGGUAAGGCGAUUUGAUCAGCCACAGAAGUACAAGCCAUUUGUUAGCAGAUGUGUUAUGCAGGGCGACCUUGGAAUUGGGAGUGUUAGAGAAGUCAAUGUCAAGUCAGGACUUCCCGCUACAACGAGCACAGAGAGAUUGGAACUUCUCAAUGAUGAAGAACAUAUUCUUGGUAUCAAAAUAGUAGGCGGGGAUCACAGGCUAAGGAACUAUUCUUCCAUUAUCACUGUCCAUCCUGAGGUUAUUGAUGGAAGACCAGGAACCCUAGUAGUUGAAUCAUUUGUGGUGGAUAUACCAGAUGGAAACACCAAGGAUGAGACAUGUUCCUUUGUUGAAGCUCUCAUCAGGUGCAAUCUCAAAUCGUUGGCUGAUGUAUCGGAGAGGAUGGCAGUGCAGGAUCAGACCGAACCCAUCACUGGAUACUGAUUAGGGAUGGGUGUAUGUGUACUAGGGUUAUAUCAUCUAAUAUUCUAGAUUCCAGAAUCUGUGUAGAGUUUUGUAGGAGAAGCCCUUCAUAGUCUCAGGAGUUUUGGAUAUGGUGUAGGCCUUGCUUUUCUUCAUCAUGGAGGCCCUCUCUCUUCCUUUCUGCUUUUUCAUGUUUGUUUUGCCCCUCGUCAAUAUUGCUUGGAUUCCCUUGUUUUCUGUAUCCUGUAUCCGGGAGAUGGGGUUGUUAGACAUAGUUCUGUGAAGUUUUAAUCUACACAAAAACGAUCGUACUUCUCUUAUUGGUACAUUGCUCCUCUCUUAUUGUUACAUUGCUGGGUUGCCGGUCCUGGUAUAAUGUAUUCAGUCAUGGUCAUGUCUCUGUAAAUAUUAAUUUCAAUGAGCGGUUGACUUUGUACUCAAGAAUUUCUUCUCGUAGUUAUAGUUGUUGCUUGUAUCUAUAUGCAAGGAUAAUGAGGAUGAUGUGAAGUGACAAUACU